UACCUGCUUUCAGAGGCUGUUUUCUUACGUCUUGAUUGGCCGCUUAAACCAAAUCCUCUUGAGCAACUUGAACCAAGCGUCGGGAAGAAGGGAGGAGAAGGUCGGAGCAAAAUCCAACCCGACUGAAAGCCCUUUUAUCGGCAAACCACCAUUUGAAAGUUGCCUUUUGUUGCAUCGAAGAGAAAAUACGAGAGUCGGAACCAGUGGGUUUUGCGUUGUCAGUCGAUUUACCUGUUUUUUUUUUCUAAAGCAUCUGCAAGUCGUAAUUUUUCUUUUUGCUUUUCUUUUUUCUUUUUAUUUACACUACGGUUUGAACUGGCCGGUCAGUCGGUGGAGGUGUUGUUAUCACUUCCGAUCGCUAAUAGCCAGAGGGCUCAUCGGUGUUUUACACUUGCUUGCGCCCGGCUCUCACGGAAUGUGCCUUUUACGAUCUAAAAGAAAAUUGCGAAGGCGCUGACAUCACAGCGAGCGCAGCUCGGGGCAGCUCCGGUAGGAUUUGGGGGAGGUGACGGCGGUGCGAGAAAUCGGCGAGAAGGGACACCCGAGAUACCUGGCUACACUGAAAAACAAAUCAUAAGUGGGAUUUAUUUGUGUUCGUUCAGCCUCCGAGUGCUAUGCAAAAGAAGAAGAAAUGUACGGAAUAUUUCGAUUAGGGGCACGUUCUGGGAGGAAUCGCCGACUGCGCUGUGCUGCGCUGUAACUGGUGAGCAAACGCAAAGUGCCGGCAGAGUGAAUUUCAUCUUCUCUUUUUUUCAAUUCUUGAAGCUCUUUUCCUAAAUGACAUAUUAACUUUGACAAACUCUGUGUACAGUUAAUAAGGAUCGAACAGGGAGGACAGGAAAGCGAAACACAAAUAAAUACAUCUACAAAAAAAUAAGGAAAUGGCCAAGAGCCCACAGGACGGUUCCCGGGAGGACCUGAGCAAGUUGUCCGACGAGGAGCUGCUAAAAUGGAACCGGGAGGAUUUGAUCAAAAGGCUCCGGAAAGCCGAAAACGAAAGGAUGAACUUAAUGGUGGAGCACGGCAACCUGAUGAAGGACGUGAACAAGCGGCUGCAGGUCCACCUGCACGAAAUCCGCGGGCUCAAGGAGGUCAACCAGAGGCUUCAGGACGACAACCAAGAGCUCCGAGAGCUCUGCUGCUUUCUGGAUGACGACCGGCAAAAGGGGAAAAAACUAUCCCGGGAGUGGCAGAGGUUUGGCCGCUACACCGCCAGCGUCAUGUGGAAAGAGGUGAGCAUGUAUCAGCAGAAACUGAAGGAGCUGGAGACGAAGCAGGAGACGGUGAUGAGAGAAAAUCUGGAGCUGAAGGAGAUCAUCCUCAUGCUAGACGAGGAGAGGAACGGAGCGGGUUCGAGGAGCUCCAUAGACAGCCAGUCCAGUCUGACCAAUUUAAACGGGGGCUCCAGCACCAUACGGGAUGUUGGAGACGGCAGCAGUACUUCGAGUACGGGCAGCGCUGGAAGUCCAGAUCACCACCAAAACCACCUCCACCACAAGCCCGGAGAGCCCAAGGCCGGUACUAUCAGGAGGUCAAUGGAUGAUCUCAGCACGCCCCACCACCACAGGAGCAUCCCCAACGGCCUCAACGAUCCUUCAGUCAACUACAUCCGACAGCUGGAGACGAAAGUUCGCAUCCUAGAGGAUGACAACAAACUUUUGUCACAGCCCCGUAGCCGCUGUAGUAUACCAAGACCAAUGAUGAAGCAGAGCAGCUCAGGAGAUUUCAAGACCCUGCGGAAAGGCUUCUCCCUGUAUCACUCCGAGUCCCAGCUGACUACACUGCCUCCAUACCAGGAGCCGCUGCAAAAUGGUUCCACAAGGCAGGCAGAUCCCACUGUAUCCACUGCAGGCUAUAUUUCUUCAGCCCAGAAACCCGAAGCAGUUGUUCAUGCCAUGAAGGUACUAGAAGUCCAUGAAAAUCUUGACAAGCAAGUACCUGAAGAUGCUGAGGAAGAUCUAAGCGAAAAGGAGAAAGCAAUAGUCCGGGAAAUGUGUAAUGUUGUUUGGCGCAAACUGGGCGAUGCAGCUGGAUCCAAACCCUCUAUAAGGCAACACCUCUCCGGAAACCAAUUUAAAGGACCGUUGUAGUGAUGGUUUCUAAGAACUUACGGAGGUCAAUGACUUAAACCUCCCAUCACAAGGAAUUUCUUUGUAUGGACAGCAUUAUUAUUAUUAUUAUUUUUUAAACCAGAAUUCUUCACUUUAUUUGCUUGCGCAUUUUGUUUGCUGCCAGAGUGAGAGAGAAGGACUGCUUUUGGACAGACAUUUGAAAGUGCUAAGCACUUGUAUGGGCUGAACAGCCUUCCUACAAUACCAUAUGAAGAAAGUGUUACGUUUCAACUGAACGCCUGCAUCCAACAAGCUAAGCAAACUGCAGGCUGACUAAUAUCACAUGAGAGACUGGCAACUAGUAUAACCUCUUGUCACUUCGACCCUGCCACCUAGGAGUCACUGCAUUCUGCUGUAGUAUAUACUGCUGUGUAAAAUAAGUGGCGAUGUUCACAGGUUCUUUGCCAAGAAUCACUGUUUUGGUAACACAGUCUGGAUUGUACAUGGUUUAUGUGCAGUGAUGCAUUCAUCCACAUUUCAUACUAGAGUUUAACUGCCCCCAUUGAAGGCAACUCCUGAAAAUAUCUUUAGGUUGGAAGUAAAAAUGUUUGAGAUAAAAACUGAUCGGAGGUAUUUGGGAUUUCUGUUAUUGCAACAAUCUUUUGUCACUGUCCACAUGAAAGCAAUAGUGUUGACAUGGAAACUAUUUUAAGUUUUUUGGAAAUUGCUCAUUUAGAUGGCAGAUAACUAAGUGUCUGAAAAUAAUGUAUCUAGUGUUUCCUUCAAUUAAAGCAAUUCUUUUUGCUCUAAGAAAAACAUUUCUGUUUAUGCUUUUAAACCUUUGGGAAUUCUCCCAAUGCAAGGUUUAGUCAACUAUGAUGCAUAUUGUCACUUUAAGCCCAACAUUCCCAAAAAUGUACAUGAUAUAAUGAAAUGGCUUUGACAGAAUCCAGUUGUUAGAUUGUACUGUGCUCAGGAAUCAAGUGACUUUCCAUUAAAUGACGUACCAUAAGAAGGUAAACAUUCAAACAAAAUGUCUUUAAACUUGUCUGGCUCAGUAGUUUUAGCACUACAAAAUUUAAGAGUACUUACUAAUACAAGUCAAAAGGGUGUAUCAUACUAUGAAAAUGCACUUGCUGCAUUGUUUCUUUGCAAGCGAAGUAUAAACUUUGUAACAGUUUGAAUUGUUUGCAGCUUAGUAAACUGUCAUUUUCCUACUUUAAAAGUAUGGAUGACGUGAGUGGUGGCGUAAAGUCAAUUUGCCUAUUGGUAGUGUGUGGAAUACAAAGAUAAAAAGUGUCUUUGUUUAAACAAGAAAAACAAUCUGUUGGAAUGGCUUAUUCCCCCUGAAUAUAAUAACCUAACUAAAUUGACAGUGACAUCACUGUGUUCAAAUGAAAUCACAAAUUAGCACCACAUGCUGUCCUUUUUGAACUUAAAAAAAAAAAAAAUUCUGAAAAGUGACCUUUUUUGAAGUGAUAAAAUACUACUGACUUUUAUAUAUAAAUAUAUAUAUAAUAAAAAUUGAAUACAAGGUGAUAUUAAAAAUUCAAUAUUUUCAUAAUGUGACAAAUUACGUGCUGCUUCUUUUUGAUGAGCUUUUGAUUUAAAUUUGUGAUUUUAUUAUGAAAAAAAAUGUAUUUUCUUGUAUUUUUCUGUAUAUGUGAUACACAAAACUGGAAAUCUUAUGAUCUGGAAAUCUUAGAAUAUUCAUCACUAUGUAAAUAAGGAUUAUGUAGAGUAAAUAGCAUGCAUUUGUAACCUC